CGCCUCCUGUUGAUCGCAAAGCCCAACUGGAUCGGCUUGAACCGUGCCCACAGCCGUUCUCUAAGCGGCUUUUGACAACUUUCGAAGGGCCAAGCUCGACCUGCACAAAGAGGGCGACCACCUGCAAAGCAUAUCUCACCGGUUCCGAGUUGAACAUGCGACACGUCCCCGAGAAUUAUGACUAGAGGCAUGUUGCUUUGCAUCAACAGUGCCAUAUUUGGUUUUCCAUUGCUCUGAACUGCGUCUUUCUAUGAUCUUGCCUCAAGAUGCUUGUGGCACGACUUUGUGACUAUUAAAGGCCUAAACCUUCGUCCUCGAACCUGCAGAUCCACAAGUUUUUUCUUCAGUGUGAAUGGCGUUCGCCUCGGUCGCAGAAGCGCUACCUCCGGUCCGCAUCGUUGAAGUCGGCCCACGUGAUGGUUUGCAGAAUGUCGACAACACUAUACCAACCUCUGUCAAGGUAGAUCUAAUACACCGGCUGCUUCAGACUGGCUUGAAGACUGUCGAAGUUACGUCGAUCGUGUCGCCCAAAGCUAUCCCUCAAUUGGCUGAUUGUCGACAAGUCCUUGCAGACCCGAAGCUUCGAUCCCUUCUGCCGGUUAAUUCUCUGCGACUCCCCGUUCUGGUACCCAAUAUUAAGAGCCUGAGCGUCGCUAUCGAUAAUGGGGUUCGGGAAGUCGCCAUCUUCGUGAGCGCUACUGAGGGUUUCAGCAGAGCAAACAUUCGCGCUUCCGUUGAAGAAGGGUUGUUACGGGCAAAAGAUGUCGCGGAACGGGCAAGCAAGGCUGGGUUAGCAGUCAGAGGCUAUGUGUCGUGCAUAUUCGCAGAUCCCUACGAAGGUCCAACAACGCCAGAGGCAGUCUUGAAGGUCGUCCAGCAACUCUUGCAGAUGGGUUGUUACGAAGUCAGCCUGGGUGAUACACUUGGCGUGGGUACCGCAGCCGACACCAGAAGCCUCAUUGACUAUCUCCAAAAGCACGGCAUACCUCUGCACAAGCUGGCCGGACAUUUUCAUGACACAUAUGGUCAAGCGGUCAGCAAUGUGUGGCAAGCAUAUCAAUGUGGUAUCCGUGUCUUCGAUUGCAGCGUCGCCGGGCUAGGAGGUUGCCCAUAUGCUCCCGGCGCCAAAGGAAACGUGGCCACAGAGGAUGUGGUGUACCUCUUCGACCAGGCCGGCAUACAUACCGGGAUAAACCUGGUGAAACUUGUGGAAGUAGGAGUCUGGAUAUCGGGACAGCUAAGGAAAUCGAACAGUAGCCGGGCAGGAGCCGCUCUUGCUGCGAAAUCCAAAAGUUCGAUUAAGUCGAUUGGCCCAAAGCAUGUUGAUGCUCUCAAAUGGAGGCUUGUUACAACGACCGACGGUCUGAAAAUCUACCAACUGGGACCAAACGUCAAAAUCGUGCUUGAUCGGCCUCGGAAUGGAAAUGCGUUGACCGUUACCAUGAUUUCCGAACUGACGGACUUCUUCACUAGAGCGAAGUCAGACACCACAAUCUGGCGGAUAGCUAUUCAAGGGACGGGCAGGUUUUUCUGCACGGGGAUGGACCUGGGGAAGGGCACGUCGCCAGUAGCACGGACCAGAGCCGACAGUGACGCACAGUACGACCGAUUGACUUGCCUAUUUGAGGCGAUUGAUACUGCUCCACAAGUUACUAUCGCAUGCGUCAAUGGAGCGGCUUUUGGCGGCGGUGUCGGACUCGCAUUCGCCUGCGAUAUCAGAAUCGCUGCUGCGGGAUCGACAAUGAACUUGAGCGAAGUUAAGCUCGGUUUGUGUCCCGCAACAAUAUCGAAAUAUGUGAUCCGCGAAUGGGGUCUCGCCUUUGCACGCGAGGCGAUGCUUUCAGCACGCCCCGUUAGCACUAUGGAGCUUAAAGCCGUGGGGGCGAUAUCACAGGUCGUGGAAGAUGACGUUGAUGGAGAUGGACUCUCCCGAGCGUUGGAUCUAUAUCUCGCCAAGAUAAAAGUCGCGGCACCAAAGGCCUCGAGCAUGUGCAAGGAGCUAGUGCGACUUGAGUGGAAAGAGGCUGGAUCACCCAAGCAGGCCUCUGGUAUCAAGACAUUGUUUGACGAGAUGAUGAAGGCGGAUGGCGAAGCGGCUGUUGGACUGAAACAGUUUCAGUCAGGGGUAAAAUCACCGUCUUGGGAGGAGCUGCUACUGUCAAACGCACUUCGAUCGAAGCUUUGACGAGAGUGGUCCAUGAAGGAAGGUGGGUCGGAGGCAAGGGGCAAUCGAUUGCGUCCCUACAUAUCGAUAACCUGUCUUAAUAUCUGGGUCGUGGGCUGAUGUCGUACCGCAAGAUAGUCUAACAUGCAGGGACGCAAUCAAGACGAGACUACGGCAGCUUUCUCUCGCAUAG